AUGCUUCUCGACAAGCCUCGCAUGUUGGCCGCCGCCGCCGCCACCGUCACCGCCAGCCUGUUGUUGUUGCCCGUCGUCGCCGCCGCCGCCGCCGCUUCAGGGUACAGGACUGUGAACUCGACCUUUGGGGAUUACACCAUUCGCUACAAGUCCUGGACGGCCGACGAUACGAAGCUCUGCAACGGCGGCUCGGCUCAUCAUGCGGGCUGGGCCGACAUGGACGACCGCCACCUCUUCUUCUGUGCUUCCCCACCACAGCAGCCGGCAUAUUUACAGAAUCCAUUUACUGACGAAUAG